AUGGUUCCGCUCAUCGCAGCCGCGGAUCUCGACGCAAAUCCGGCCUUUGCUAGGUUGUGGGAAUUUGUCACGCGAGAGUUGGUGGCGGAGGAUGCGUCGAGUUUGGGGAAGGAGAGGGAGAGGGAGAGGAACUGGAGGUGGAGAGCGACGAGGAAGACAGGUGGGAGGAGGAGCAGACGUGGGAAGGUCGAUGGUCGAGAUCAAGAACGAGAUGAUGAUGAGGGAGAUGAAGAAGAAGACGAGGAGGAGGAUGAUGGAGAUGGAAAAGGAAAUAAGAAAGAGAAACGACAAAGUUCAGAUCUAAGCUUGGACCAACACCUCCACGCUCUCAGGGUCGCCAGGGCGAAGAGGCGCAUACUCUGCGACGUGCUGGAUGAUGCUGGCGCCUAUUUCGAUGUCUCUGCUGUCAGUCAGAGUCAAUCCCAAGACAAAAUGACGCCCGAGGCCGAUCCAUCCCAGAGCCUUGGAGAGCUUGUCCGUGUCAUUGCGGCGUAUUUGCAUGUCAAUCUUAUUGGCGUGGGAUCUCUCCUGGGAGAGGGAGGAGAGGACGAAGAAGACCUUCUCUACGAGGAUAUCCUGCGCUUCAAGGCGAAUAUUGAUCCUAUUGCUAACGCAGUCUCUUCGCGCCUCGUUGAGAUCGAAUCGUCGCUCUGUGCGCUGUCGAACAUUGCCCUUGAGCACAGUGACGGCAGUGAAGAUGAACGCGAGGCCAGAGCUCAAAGCAAUAUGGGCCACAGCCUGUCUGGAAGUAUCCAAACCCAACUAUCCCGCCUCUCCGACCUCCGCGACAACCUCCUCCCCUCUUCUCUCACCACACUGUCCACGAAUCUUCAGCAGCUCCUCACUCUCCAGCGCCAGCUCCUGCAGCUGCAGAUCCAGCACCUCGAGACCUCCAAGCACGGCGUGCUUUCCCGCUACACAAUGUCCAAUAUCGCCUUCCUGGACACCGUUGCGCAGACCAUGGCGUUGAAGGCUCAAGUCCUGCUGCUGGAGGCGAGGAUAGAGGUUGAAUGCUCCCCGCAGGCGGAGAGGAGGAGGGAAGUCAUCAGAGAGAAGAUGGUGGAAGUGGAAAAGGAGGAUGCCGAGUUGGAUGACAGGAUUAGUGUGCUGGAGGGCGUGUUGGCUGAAUAUGAGGCUGCUGAUCCCGACGGGACGGUUAUGCCGAGGCUGGGAAGAAGGUACAAAGAGAUUGAAGAGGAGAUGGAGGGGGUUAAGCGGGAUAUUGAGAUGUUGCAGAGACAGGCAGCCAAGCGUUGA